CGGAAGACAUGGAUCAGUUUAGCAAAAAAUGCGAGAGUACAUGUGUGUGACACUAGCGUUGUGUUGGUUAGACACGUAAAGAGCGAUGCAGUGCCUGUCCAGAUCACAGAAACAGAGCCAGGUUUAUAUGGGAUCCCACUGACGUAGGAAAGGUUUGCACUUUUCAGCCAGCGAAGGAUCACUACCCGUGGUCAGCAUGUCUCAUCGAGGGCCUUUAACUGCGGUUAUAACGACAGUACUAGGAGCAGCCUUAGGGGGGCUUCUCAUAUGGCGAGUUUACCGAACAAAAAGGAAGAGGCCGCCUUCCAUCCAGAAGGUGGCUGAUCCCGUGGAGGCUCUGUGUCCUGCAGAAAAUGAUUUUAAAGCUGUGGAGUAUCAAUACACCCAGCCGCCCCAACAUGUUCCAGAGAAGGAGUUCAAGGCAGUGGAGUGUCAGACCACACAGCUGCCCCCUCCCGCACAGAUACCGUCCUCUGAGCAGCGGCUGCAGGUGAAGCCAGUGAUGGUGAGCUCUGAAGAGGAAUGGCUGCAGCUGUGGCCGCUGAUGCAAACGGAGCUGUCGGUGUUCCCUGUGCUGGGGCUCGACUGUGAAUGGGUGUCUGUGAAGGGUCGCACCUCUGCGGUGUCCCUGCUGCAGAUGGCCACAUACUCCGGUCUGUGUGUCCUGGUGAGGCUGCUGGCGUUCCGCAGCGGCCCGCAGCCGUUCCCUCUCAGUCUCAUGGAAGUCCUGCGAGACCCUCACAUUUUGAAAGUUGGCGUCGGCUGCUAUGAAGACGGAAAGCGCCUGACGAGAGACUACGGGCUGUCGGUGACCUGCACAGUCGACCUGCGCUACCUUGCUUUAAGACAAAGGCAAGUGACGGUGAGUAACGGCCUGAGUCUGAAGUCUCUGGCAGAAGAUCUGUUGAACGUGUCUCUGGAUAAAUCCCGGGAGCUGCGCUGCAGCGACUGGGAGGCGGAUCAACUGACGCUGCAGCAGAUGACCUAUGCUGCUCGAGAUGCCCAAGUUUCCAUCUCUCUCUUCCUCCACCUCCUCGGCCUCGACUCUGAAGCCGGUCCCGACUCUUCCAGCGGGAGCUCUUACUCCGAGUUGGCCGCCCGCUGCCAGGGCCUGGUGGACGUGUCCUUCAGGGGCCGAGGAGACGGAGAGGACAGGCCGUCUGACGGAGAGAGGAGGCGGAGGACGCGGAAAACGCCCACUCAUGAAAGCCCGGAGUCUGGAGAUCAGCAAGUCCCAGACCCCCGAAAGAAUAACAAGAGGAAACCGCUGGGCGUGGGCUACUCUGCCAGGAAGUCUCCUCUCUAUGAUAACUGCUUCCUUCACGCUCCGGACGGCCAGCCGCUGUGUACCUGCGACAAGAAGAAAGCCAAAUGGUACCUAGAAAAAGGAAUAGGAGUGCUGCAGAGUGAGGAGCCCUUUGUAGUGAGGCUGCUGUUCGAGCCGUCGGGACGUCCCGACUCCCAGCAGGACUAUUAUCUCACUGCGAAGGAGAAUCUGUGCGUGGUCUGCGGCAAAGCAGAGUCCUACAUCAGGAAGAACAUCGUGCCGCACGAGUACAGGCGGCAUUUCCCCACCGAGAUGAAGGACCACAACUCCCACGACAUCCUGCUGCUCUGCACCAGCUGCCACGCCGCCUCCAACGUGCACGACAGCGUCCUGAAGCAGCAUCUGGCCGAGGAGUUCUCCGCCCCUCAGGGCUGCGAGGAGGGGGUCCGCCUGCUGGAGGAUUCGGACCGGCGGCGGGUGCGCUCGGCGGCUCGGGCUCUGCUCACCGCCGGGGAAGGACUGCCGGAGCAGCGGCGAGAAGAGCUGCAGGCUUUGAUCAGGAGCUUCCUGGACACCAGCGAGGAGCUGACGGACGAGGCGCUGCAGCAGGCCGCCAGCCUGGAGACGAGGAUUUUCAACGAGGCGUACAUCCCUCACGGUCUGAAGGUGGUGCGAGCCGGCGCCGAGCAGGGCCUGCGGGGCCUGAUGGACCUGGAGCGCCGCUGGAGGCAGCACUUCCUCGCCUCCAUGCAGCCUCGCCACCUCCCGCCCCUCUGGUCCGUUGAACACAACCACGGCAAGUUCGUCCGCAAAUACGGAGAGGACCUGCCCAUCAAACUCAACUGACCAGGACGGGAACUGAAAUCUCCCACAGCUGCUCCGUCGAGUUCAAACGCCAAAUCGCUUCUUUUGUUGUUUUGUGAGGAGAUGAACUAAUGGACCAGCCGAGACCGAAACGUCACCAGCGUGUUGACGUCCCCACGAGGAGUGUGUGUGUGUAAAUGCACUCGACCUGCGGACGGCGUUUCUCUGGAUUUCUCGUGCUGCUGACGUGCUGCCAGGUCGCCACCUGGAUCCUGAUGACAGACUCAAAGGAAAGUGAGACGCUCUCAGACAUCAUGCGACCGCAGAAAAACACUUUUUUAUCUUGAAACAUGUAGAAUUAUUUAUGAAAACAUACAAAUAUAGAAAAUUAUGAACUGAUUUUUAGAAGAAGCUGCAGCCUGCUCUUAAUUUCCCCCCUAAGUCUACCCCCCCCCCCCCCCCUGCAGGUUAGCAGCUGUUAUAUCCUUCACAUGAUGGCGCGCUCGCCCACCUUCUGCUUUCAUCCAUCGUCUGUUUUAAGUCGAUGGAUGAAAGUUUCCAGAAGCAUCUUGAAAUCUCAUCUUUUGUCCUGAAGGCGAGUUUGUUUCGGUGCCUGAAUGCAGUUCAUCUGCAGGGGGAGUAAAGUUAAUCAUCUAAACUCCGGAUGUCCGUGUCCUGCGGCUCCUCGAGGUCGGGACGACUUCCUGGUUCGUGUUUUAAUGAGCCUCUUAAUCCCAAACCUGGCGGGAGCCUCGCAGGACAUCGACCUCGUCUCAGUCCACAAAGCUUUCACCAUGACGUCGAUUUCCACAAUGCAAACUACAGUCAAAUAGUGCCAACACUAACCUGAUGAAGUAACUUAUACCCCCCCCCCCCCCCUUGAGGCAGAUCCUUCUGAGCGUGAUCACAUUUAUUAAUUCAGCUGCUUUGUCUUUAGUCGUAUUUUUCUGGAUGUAAGCCCUGAAGCUGUUUGUUUUCCUAAAUUGUGAAUGAUAUCAAAAAAUAAAAGUCAUGUUUGUAUUAA